AUGACGAACCUGCAUAACCUCCCUCCGGAGGUCAAGAUAUUCAUUGUCAAUGAAUUGGCGCGGCAAGAGACCCUUUUCCCAGGAGAAGAUCCCAUCGGCUACGAAUAUGCCGACGCUCAGCUUGCUGCACUUGCGGCGCUAGCCCGGACGAACAAAUUCUUCAAUGUCGUCGCAACGCCAUUGCUGUACGAGAACGGCGUGCGCCGCCAUCCAUAUCUGUUAUGCUGGGCAACCGACAUCUCUCACGUGGGAAUCAUGAGAAAGGUGCUGCGCACUAGUCUGGCAAAUCCUAAUGUUGCAAUGAUUCGAUUUCAAGCCGAGUAUAGUCCAUGGGACCCAAAGGCUGAAUCGUCAAAAGAGCUCUUUUGGCGAUUUUAUCGACGUGACGGGCAUCGUUUCCAAGACCAGGCAAUGUACCAGGGACGACCAAGUCGGAGGCAUACUAUAACGGACGAGAUGUUGGCCCCCGGUGACCUCGAAGCUGAAACAGACGAGGAGUUGGCAGACUUACAGGGGUUCUUAUGGGGAGGGAUCGAAUCCGAUAACGAUUGGAGCUCCUCGUCUGAUAACUAUUCUUCGUCUGAUGACGAUUCAGCGUCUGAUGGUGAGGAAUCGGGGAGCGAAGAAGAAGUCGAGGGUGAGGAAGUUGCGCAUGUUGUUGCAGAUGACGGUCUGGCGCCGGUAGCCUCCUCCGCUGACAAUUCCGCCGAUGACAAUUCUUUCGAAGACGGCUCUUCAGAAGACGCUUCGGUCGCUGAUGACUUCUCGGAGGGCGAAGACGUUGGAAGUGAAGACGGCCCCGAUAUGGCUGCGGCUCCUGAACCUGUGGCAUCGUUCCCUCCAUUUCCUCUGCCGGAUGUUGCUGAAUACGACUCAGACUCAGACUCGACCGACCCCGGCAGGCGCGAGAUCGACGUUAGUCACGUCAUGCACGAAGGGUAUCUCGGUUGUCCGGAACACGACGACGAGGACAUGGACAAUAUCGACAUCCUGGGCAUGUAUUGGAUGCCUGUUCAUAUGGCUGCCAGAAUGGGCAACAUGGAAGCUCUUGAGCUGCUUUUGGAAUAUGGCGCACUUGUGAAUGUGUCUUCACAAGGCUUCUGUCGCAGCGAGUGCCACCAAGUGCCGGGACCGGCUUUAUACUGGGACCACUAUACGGUGGGAUAUCCUGCGUGGACCCCACUGCAUAUUGCCUUGUGCCACGGACAGAUUGAUGUGGCUAAACGGAUGAUGGUGCAUUGUGAACACCUUCAGGAACGACUUCUCAACAAUUCAGCAACAACAGAACCAUGGCAGGUGCUCCCUAGAUUCAUUUCCGCCAUUCGCCACGGCCACAUGGACCUUGCAGAGUGGUGUUUGCAGCAAGGGUCGGGGAGAGAUGCUGUCAAUGCUAAGCAACCAGGCCUCAAAGGUGCGACGUUGCUCUGGAGGGCAUUCUGGGAGGCGACUGAUGCGAAGAACUUUGAGGCGGCUCUGAAGGUGUUGCUGCGCAAUGGAGCCGAUAUCAACCACGAUCUCGGAAAGGGGCAUACCAUCUUGAUGGAGGCAUGCCUCUAUGGACUUUUCGACGAAGCCAUUGCUCUCAUCAAAGCUGGGGCCAAGGUCGACAUCACUUUUGAUGAGUUCAACAGACGUACCCUAGUCGGAUUGUCAUAUCAUGAGAGGAGCAUCCGCAUGCCCUUCGGAGUGAGGAAAUGCGGCUUGCUCGAAAUUUGCUGCGGUCCUACGCCCGUUAUACGAAGGCCUGAUGAAUUUGCGCGUCCGACCAUGGAUUCACGACUUCCAUGGCCUAGGAGACGCGGUCCCGAUUGGAAGACAGAUUCCUCAGCGCAACGUGAAGUCAUCCGUCUUCUACUAGACUCACCAGCGCGAGCGGUCGGAAAGCGAGACCCGAUACAGAUCGCAUGCUACUCGCACAAUGUCACGACACUGUCGACGCUACUUGAACUGGGCAUGGAUGCCGCCGCCGCUAGCACCGACAACCUAACGCCACUUGAGUGUGCGACCCUCACGUCUCGCUGGUUCAAGAGCAGGGAAUGGUUCGAUUCGUACUCGGAAUGCAUAGAUUUGCUGCGCCAGCAUCUCAUCAAACGUCCGAAAGGCAAUGAUAGCUCCAGGUGCAACCAAGCUCUACAAAACGUGAUGAGCAGCGGUAUUCUCGACCUCAACACGGACUAUAGUCGUCGUAUUUGGGUUGCUUUGGUGGGCCUCGUCACACAUGGACUUGCCGAUGGAAACAGUCAGGACGACCAACGUUUCAAUCUCAUGACAAGACUAUUCUCUCAUGGGUUCGAUAUGUAUCAGCUCGCACUGCGACUUUUAAAACACGGCGUCAAGGCACCGACGAGGAAAGAGUGGUACGCCAUCUGGGGAAAUAUGAACAUCAGGGUUCAAGCGGCACGAAUCCAUCCCCGCGACAGCUUCGGCAGCAGCGAAGAAGCUUACAGGUUCUGUAAGGCGAUGGAUCCGAAGGAAAGUUUCCUGAAGGAUCCCUUCUUCCUCGCUGUUGCAAUGGCUGCUAAAGAACAGAGCCUCGUGGACGCAUUAGUCAAGCAUGGCCAAUAUAAAUCAGUGUGGAUCUCAUACCCAUCGUGGGUCGGCUCACCGGAGACCCCAUACGUCCCGGAAGCGGAAUUGACGUUCCUCAGACAAUUCGAAGAUUUCGAACCGCCCAAAUCAGUUGAGGCUAUCGAUGAUGGCAGCGACAUUGAAUGCGAGUCGGACACCGAGAGUUGCUUGUGUGCUGGUACCCACAAACCCGAUUGUUACUUUUCUCCAAACCCCAAAACUAGGAAUUGUCUCAUGUUUCUCAGUUUGAGACAUGCAGGAUGGUCACUUUUCCAUCUUGCCAUUCGGUUCCGUCAAUACGGUGCCAUCAAGAUGCUCGUCGAACAAGCCGCGAAUAUAGUACACGAAACGACGGGCAACGGUUGGAGUGCGGGUUACAUCAUGUGCGUCAAGGAAUGGUUCGAUAAGAAGAUUGUCAAAUUCCUCCUCGCCCAUGGAGUAGAUCCGCAUGUUGGAAGAAGUGGAAGAUGGGCGUCGCCUUUGGAGUAUGCUCGUGAAAAAGGCUCAGACCCCCGUGCAGUCAGACUGAUGCUGGAGGCAUAUCCUAUUGCAGAGAACCAGGCCACAAAAUAG